AUGAGCAGCCCGAAAAGAAGAAUCGAGACCGAUGUCAUGAAGCAAGAGUUUUAUGUUCGCUUCAAGGGACCAGAAGAGACACCGUUCACCGGAGGUCACUGGAAGAUUCAUGUCGAACUGCCGGACCAGUAUCCCUACAAGAGCCCCAGCAUUGGAUUCGUUAACCGCAUCUUCCACCCCAACAUUGAUGAGUUGUCUGGAUCGGUUUGUCUGGACGUCAUCAACCAAACAUGGUCUCCCAUGUAUGACAUGCUCAACAUCUUCGAAGUCUUCCUCCCUCAGCUUCUACGAUACCCCAAUCCAUCUGACCCGCUCAAUGGUGAGGCGGCAGCUUUGAUGAUGCGAGAGCCCAAAGCCUACGAGGCCAAAGUCAAGGAAUAUGUCUCAAAGUAUGCCAGCAAAGAAGCUGUUGACGAGGCAGGAGAAGAUACCGAGUCUGAAGAUGAGCUCAGCUCCGCCGGGAGCUAUGAGUCUGACGGAGAGGAAGAACCAGCCGGGGCAAUGGACGACGUCUGA